AUGGAACAUCAAGGAGUUAAAUUAUUAGAAGAUUCUAUUCAACAUACUACAAGUUCCUGUAUUCUUGCUAAAUUUGCGCUAGCUCAACUUAUAGAUGAUAUUGAUUUUCGAAUAUUAACUUAUCUUGAACAACAACAAUUAAAACAACAGUACCGUGAUAUACGUGUUCGUCAAGCAAUUGCUUCGACUUUUGCUAAUGAUUUUCAAGCUGCUGUACUCGAUUUACUUGUUCAAUUACUUUUAAUUCGUCAUUUUAUUUAUUGUAUUGCUGAAUUUCUUGUUAUGUUAUCACAUGAUACACUUCAUUCAAAACAAGUUAUUAAAGUACCAGAUUUAAUAAAACAUUAUGAUUCAUUAUUAGCAAGUGGGCAUGAACCUGAAACACAUGCUUUGGCAGCAUUAGAACCAGUUUUAUAUGAUUUUUUUUCUUGAUCAAUCACUUUUGGAUAUUUAUUCCACACAAUUAACACUAUAUUUGAUGUUGUGUCAUCAGUUGCAUUACGAUCAAUUGAUCCAUUUGUUAUUGCUUUUCGAGCACUAAAAAAAACAUCAUUUCUUAGUUGUGAAACAGAUCAAAUAAUAUCAUGUUGUACAUUAUCGAAAACACUAUUAUCAAUAUUUGAAUAUCUUUAUCAACGACAUGGUUUAACUAUAUCAAAUAUAUUAUAA